AUGGCCCAGAAAAAUAACUUUCAGUUCUCCAUCAGGGAAUACAGAGCUUCAGAUCAGCAUGUGGUCAUGUCACUCUUCCGUGAUGGGAUACUCGAACAUGUGUACCCAGCCUUCUUCAAUGCCAUAAGCAAUCCAGACCACGUUGGCAUUGCUCUGAGUAUUUCCAUGGCCGGCUAUGUGCUAGGAGGCAGCUCCUACUUCCAAGCAUUACUCUUUGGCAGUGCAUGGGCCGGCCUCAUUUAUUACUUCUGCCACGAUAUCUACGAAGGCUACAUGAUGAGGCGGCUGAGCACAGACAUGGCCAACAUUCAAGCCAAUUACCUGGAAAAACCAGAUAAUGGUUUCUGGGUGGCAGAGGCAGACGUUAACGGCCAGUCCAAGGUGGUGGGGAUGGUGGCAGUGAUGGGGAAGAAGGGGGAGGAGGAGGAAGGAGGUGAGAGGUUUGAUAACUGGAACGGAGGAGGCCCAGAGUCUGCCCAAGAUGCUGAAGACAGGAGUUACGGUGAGAUGUCCCACAUGGUGGUGGCGUUUCCAUGGCGUCGCCAAAACCUGGGUUCACAGCUGAUGCAGAAGGCGUUGGACUUCUGCAAAGAGCACGGCUAUACUCGCCUCAUUCUGGACAUCAGCUCACCGCAGACAGCGGCCAUUUCCCUGUACCAAAAAUUUGGCUUCGUUCAAACUGGAUCCCACAGUAACACGCACGCUAAUCGCUGGUUCUCCAAACUGGCUAGAAUAAAUGUGAUACGAAUGGAGAAGUUCAUUUAA